UCUCUUCUAAGAAAGACUUUUUAUUGGCUUUUACAGUAGUGGCCAGAUUAAAUUCAAACAGAUUCUUGCCUGAUGACCCUUCUGCUGGGUCAGGGCAGGGACACAUGUUGGGCUGGGUGGGUAAAACACUUUAGCAUGGCACCUGGCUUCUUUGGGGAUGUUUAGGGGAGGAACACACAAGGUGGCACAACACAGAGCUGCAGGUCACUGGGAGAAGAAUAAGCAAAGGCAAAGAAGGGAAAAAGGCCUUAAAAAGUCCUUUGUGAUGAGGCUUGGCUGCAUGGAAACCGCCUGGCCCCUGGAACACAGGGCGGCUGUGCCCACCAGGCCUUUGUGACCCGUGGUGACAUCGUGCCCAGAGGCCAUUGUGACGUGGGUUUGUGUCGUGACUGUGGGGGCAACAAAUCCCUGCAGUGGCCACUCCCAGGAGAGCAGCUCUCUGAGGAGGCAGCAGCUUCUCUGGAGGAAGCAGCUCCCCUGGGUGAUUGUGGCCAGUGUUCGUCAGAGCACUCCCACAAUGUGGAAGAAAGAGAAGGCAAAUGCCCAUGACCAGCCCCGUGAGGGGCAGUCACUGCUAUCCAAGCAGCAAAAGGUGACCCACAGCCAGCCACAGGGACCACCUCAGGUCACCUCAACAAUCAAGAUGCCACGCGGCAGUGUCACACAGACACAGAGACUGUCUGUGUCCGACUUGCCGCCUCUCCAUGGCCCUCAACUGCCACUGGAACCUCCUUGCCAGCUCAGCCCUCAAAUGCAAAGAGCAGCCUCUGCAAGGCUCAAGCUGCCCCCUCUGCCAGCAGCAGCAGCCUCUGGGUCUCCUCCCAGAGGCACAGCACAUGUUGUGGGCUCUGUGGCCAGUGGCUACCAAGAGCUCAUGACACCUUCACCAUGGGGAACUCUGGCUGCUGGUGGGGCCUGGGAAACACCUUCCCUGGCAAGCAGAACAGAAGGGUUCUGGCAUGGGUCAGCGGCAAGGCAGGACCAUCGCCUGCCACCCGUGCAACCCGCACACAGCGUGCAGAUCUGCACUGGGAGCCAGCCGGCUUGGCAGCACCUGGGGCACUCUGAGACAGAGGUGCUCCUCAAGCUUCUGGAAGGGCAUGGUAGCAGCACCUGCAGUGAUGUGUUCAGAGACCUGGGCCCGUGUCUUCGUGAGAACAGGCCCAUCGAGUCCACCCAGAGAACCACAAAGUGGUUGAGUGGGCGCCAAGGGGCAGAGGCAAUUCAUCGUCCAGCCAAGCAAAGUGCGCAUCGCAAGCAGCUGUGCCCAGAGGAUGACGAGGCUGUGAUGCUUCGUCUCUGUAAAAUGAGUAAGCAGCUGGAGGAGAUGGAAGACAAAGUGUAUGAUGUGAUGUUUAGAGACAUCUUCUCCUCCCUAGAAGACAAAGAAAGCCCCGUAAGGUCCACAUGCAUCUCCAGGGAUCCACCAAGCCCCACCCUGAAGCCAGCUGUAGGCCCCUCGGACCUGCACAGUGCAUCCAGCGUGACGGAAGUUGCUGCAGGAGAGACACAAAAGUUCUCCCAGCUUGUGUCUCUUGACCAGUUGUUGGCCGAGCUGGACCCUGUCGCAGACAACUCCAUGCCUUCUGAUGCUCUCGUCAAGGGCUCCACAGGAGAGGCAGAAAACAACACAGAGAUUGCACAUCCUGACCUGUUGGAACAGCUGUGCUCUGUCUCUGGGGACUCGCCAUCAAGUACCCUUCUAAACCAGGUACUGGAAAUAUGGGAUGAAGAAGAGCUCCAUGACAGAGCAGCACCAGGAGAGAUGCAGAGUGAGCCAGAGAGCGCGCUGUCUCUCCCAACACAGGAAGAAGAAGAGGAAGAGACAGCACCAGCGGCAGACGGUGAUCCCUGCAAUGAGGGGCACAGCGAGCCUCUCCCCAUGGCUCUUCCUGAAGAGGCAAAGAUGUCUCUGGUUUGUGCCUCGCCUGCCGAAACCGUGGAGGAGAUUGAAGUGGAAUGGCUUGAGGCUGGCUGUGCCCAGGCCGCCCCUCCCCAGGAAGAGCCCCGCAGGGCUGGGGAGCCGGCAGGGGCUUGCCCGCUGCCUGCCCAGCCCCUGGCACGCAGCGCUCCUGCUUGCCCCGCCGGCAGCGCAGCCGUCCCGCAGCCCCCGGCCCCACGGCCAUGGCGCUCCAUCGCCAAGACGGCCCGGCGGGCUCUGCUAUAA